GCUGCGGCGUCGCGCUGGCCUGUCCUUAGGGGGCGGUGGAUCGGUGGGGUGCGCGGCGAGGGGCUCCCCCGCGGGGCCUGAGCGGAGGAGGCGGCCGCAGGCUGGGAGGAAAGGCGCACCCCUCGGUUCGCCCUAAGGAUGGCCGUGCGCGGCAGCCUGGGGAGGCCUGCAGGGGGAGGUCUGGGGCCAACCCCAGAUGGCGGCCUGGCACUCCCACGUCCCCGAGUGCAGUCCUGCAGCCCCAGUGUCGCCGCCGCCAUGGCCCCGCAGCAGCUCUUCCGCGCGCUGGUGUCGGCGCAGUGGGUGGCCGAGGCGCUGCGGGCCCCGCGUGCCGGGCAGCCCCUGCAGCUGCUCGACGCCUCCUGGUACCUGCCCAAGCUGGGCCGCGACGCGCGCCGCGAGUUCGAGGAGCGCCACAUCCCGGGCGCAGCGUUCUUUGACAUCGACCAAUGCAGCGACCGCACGUCGCCCUACGACCACAUGCUGCCCAGCGCGGCGCACUUCGCCGAGUACGCGGGCCGCCUGGGCGUGGGCGCCACCACCCACGUCGUGGUCUACGACGCCAGCGACCAGGGCCUCUACGCCGCGCCCCGCGUCUGGUGGAUGUUCCGCGCCUUCGGCCACCGCGCCGUGUCGCUGCUGGACGGUGGCUUCCGCCACUGGCUGCGCCAGGGCCUCCCGCUGAGCUCGGGCAAGAGCCGCCCCGCGCCCGCUGAGUUCCACGCCACGCUGGACCCCGCCUUCGUCAAGACGUACGAGGACAUCAAGGAGAACCUCGAAUCGCGGCGCUUCCAGGUGGUGGACGCCCGCGCCACCGGCCGGUUCCGGGGCACGGAGCCCGAGCCCCGAAACGGCAUCGAACCCGGCCACAUCCCUGGCACCGUGAACAUCCCCUUCACGGACUUCCUGACAGACGAGGGCCUGGAGAAGAGCCCCGAGGACAUCCGCCGCCUGUUCCAGGACAAGAAGGUGGACCUGUCCCAGCUGCUGGUGGCCACAUGUGGCUCCGGUGUCACAGCCUGCCAUGUGGCACUUGGGGCCUACCUCUGCGGCAAGCCCGACGUGGCCAUCUAUGAUGGCUCCUGGGUGGAGUGGUACAUGCGCGCGCAGCCAGAGGAAGUCAUCUCAGAGGGCCGGGGGAAGACCCUCUGAGGCUGGGCAGGACGCAGGAAGCUCGGGGAACACUCAGCCACCAGCUGUGCGCAGCCUGGUUGUUCAGACUCUGCUUUGACCGGGAGACUCUUUCUUCCUCCAACUCGAGUGGCACAUAGGGCGACAUCCCAGAGGCCAGGAAUUCGGUUGACUUGUGGGUACCCAGUGGAGGCAGGAGAUAAGGUGGCGGUGGCACACGGGGCCGGGAGCUGCCCACAUGGUGCUGAGCUGGGUUGCAGCCCUACCUCCUGUCUGUCUUGCUCUUGAGGAAAUAAAACAGCCAAGUGCUAAAUCCUUCUAA